AUGUGCUCUACUCGAUUCUUAUCCCCGUAUCUCCUUCCAUUUCAGGCUGUGGUGGGUAGAUUGAUUGAUCACGACGAUGUUCCCAGUACCUCAACUUCCCAAGCUCCGCCAUCAAAACAGAUCCCCAAGGUGACAGUGGUAGCUAUUGACAACGGCCUCGCCUUCCCCUUCAAGCAUCCCGAUGAGUGGCGAGCAUGUAAGCAUUUAAUCGCCAUAAUCACUGAGGUUGAAUUGUAG